AAGAACUGGGACGAUGUCAUUACCAAACUCCAGGCGGGAGGCAAGCUCAAAUCUCUGGACACAUCCAAGAAGGAGUGGAUAACUGCUUUCACCCAGGCCGAGAAGGCUGGUCAGCUCAAGGGAACGACCGAGGCGCAGGUUGUGAAGGUCACCGAGCAGGCUGCAGAGGCGCUGACGAAGAACUCGAGCAAGUGGCGCUACGUCUGGAAGACUCUGAAGAUCACGUUUGGUGCUCUACUUAGGGCUCUUGUU